CCUCAGCGCGGUCGCUCGCGUCACGUGCAUCUCUGUUCAGUAGGUUGCGGACGCACGAUCCUAUCCAAUUAGUGUUCUCGCGAGAAACGAGUUAAGUGGCCGGUUCGACUAGUGAAGUUCUCGACUGCGAGGCGAAAUAAAAUGAACUAGUGCGCUGAUAAAGCGAUGUUGUUGUGGAAUGUUAGUGCGAAAGGAUGAUCAGUAAAACUAUGUAAUACAAAGUGAUAACAGUGAAACAAAACAAUGUACCUCACACGGUUUACGUGCGCCUUGUUGGUGCUAACCACCUCUGUAACUGUAAGGGGUGCAUCUUUAUCGGCGGGUACACGGUACCAGGCACCCGAUGAGUGCGGGUGGAUGACGGAUUAUGAUGGUUCAGGAGUUGCGUUACAGUGUAGGUUAAGAACUAUAAACAGCGAAUUGGAGAACACAAACUUUAGUGCAAUUCAACCACAUCCUACAGUCAGGCUGCGUCUCGAAUGCAGCGAUGCGUUGUUCUUUCAAAGUAGCCUUGCUCCGGGUAGUUUCCGCCAGUUGAUUGAACUGCGUGAGCUUACCAUUGAAUAUUGCAAGAUUGGAAACCUUUCCGAUAGCGCAUUCACAGGACUACGGGAAUUAAGAAAUCUGACAAUACGAACACACAAUACAGACUGGUCUACAAUGUCACUUGAAAUAACUCCUAGCGCUUUUUCUAGAGACGUACAAAACUUGGAACGAUUGGAUUUGAGUGAGAAUAACAUGUUAGUAUUCCCAGAAGGUGCUUUGUGUACAUUACGGAAUUUGGAAUACUUGAAUAUGACUGGUAAUAGAAUGAGAGACAUCAGUCACUUUCAAUUCUCUUCGGCACAUCGACAUCCGACGGAGAAAUGUGGAGAUAACUUACUUGUUCUAGAUCUAUCCCGAAAUGUUAUCGACACCCUACCUCCUAAUCUUCUAUCAGGAUUACGAAGACUACAAAAAUUAUAUUUUCAAGGCAAUGGAUUGAAUUCUAUCGCAGACAGAGCUUUAGAGGGCCUCAUCUCAUUGACCACGAUAAGAUUCUCGGACAAUCAACUCACAAGUUUGCCUCCAGAACUAUUCAGUGACACGAAAGAAUUGAAAGAAAUAUACUUAAACAAUAAUACUAUCACAGUGUUAGCACCUGGAUUAUUUAGCGAUUUAACACAACUUUUAGUAUUAGAUUUGUCUUACAACGAACUAACUUCAGACUGGAUUAAUACUUCCACUUUUUCUGGGCUUAAAAGGCUAGUCUACUUGGAUUUCUCCCACAAUAGAGUAUCCAAAAUGGAAAUAGCACUAUUCAGAGAUUUACAUAACUUGCAAACAUUAAAAAUGCAAGAUAAUUUUAUUGAACACAUUCCAGAAAAUGUAUUCAGCUCGCUAAGCAAUCUGGAUACAUUAACAUUAUCAAACAAUAGACUUACCAAUAUAGAAAGCUAUGCUUUUAUGGGCUUGCGAGUGCUAUCUGUUUUGUCUAUAGACAGUAAUCGCAUAUCCAAAAUACACCCACAUGCUUUACGGAACUGCACUUCAUUACAAGACUUGCACAUCAACGGAAAUCGACUCGAUGAAGUGCCACUAGCAUUGAAAGAAAUACCGCAAUUGAAAACCCUUGAUUUGGGAGAAAAUCUUAUCGUCAGCAUAGAAAAUGCAUCUUUUAUGACAAUGGAACAAAUGUACGGGUUACGACUAACUGAAAAUAAUAUCGGCAACAUCAGUAAAGGCGUUUUUGACAAAAUGACUUCACUUAAAAUUUUAAAUUUAUCCAGAAAUAAAAUCCACAAGAUCGAAGCCGGUGCAUUUGAUGCUAACGUGAAUUUGCAAGCGAUAAGACUAGAUGGAAACUACUUGACAGACAUCGGCGGACUUUUCGCUAAAUUGCCUAAUUUAGUGUGGUUGAACAUUUCUGAUAACCGACUGGAAUGGUUCGACUAUGCAAUGAUCCCAACUGGAUUGCAGUGGCUGGAUAUUCACGCUAACAGGAUCGCUGAACUUGGAAAUUACUUUGAGAUUGAAUCGCAACUAUCGCUCAGUACUUUCGACGCUAGUUCUAAUAAGUUAACAGAAAUAACUGGAAGUGCAAUACCAAAUUCCGUAGAAAUGUUAUAUUUAAAUGAUAAUCUAAUCUCAAAAGUGCAAUCGUACACAUUCUUCAAAAAACCAAACUUAACAAGAGUCGAUUUAUAUGGAAAUAGAAUAACUAGUUUGGACCCAAAUUCAUUGAGAAUAUCUGCCGUGCCACAGGAUAAAACGGUGCCAGAAUUUUUCAUAGGCGGUAACCCACUGGAGUGUGAUUGCACAAUGGAUUGGCUUCAAAAAAUAAACACUGGAAACAGAGCUAGAACACAGCCAAAGUUGAUGGAUUUAGACAGCAUCAACUGCAAACUGUUGUACAGUCGCGGGAAUGCACAAGUGGCUUUGAUUGAAGCUGCACCACACCAGUUUCUGUGUAAAUAUGAAUCACAUUGUCACGCACUAUGUCACUGUUGUGAUUUCGACGCAUGUGACUGUGAAAUGACUUGUCCUAAUAACUGCACCUGUUACCAUGACCCGUCUUGGUCAGCAAAUGUUGUUGAUUGUGCAAACUCUGCUUAUGUAAAUAUGCUGCCGGAGAAAAUACCAAUGGAAGCUACAGAACUGUACCUCGAUGGUAACGAUAUCAAAGUAUUACCGAGCCACGCAUUUAUAGGCCGUAAAAAAUUGAAGAUUUUAUUUUUAAAUGCAUCAAAUAUUGAGACGGUUCACAAUCGAACAUUCAAUGGGUUAAAGGAAUUGGAAAUAUUACAUUUGGAUUUUAACAGUAUCUCAAAUCUCGAGGGUCAGGAAUUUGAUGGACUCGACAACUUACGAGAAUUGUACAUCAAUAACAAUAAAAUUAAACGCAUUGGCAAAGAAAUGUUUAAUCAUAUGGCACGCUUGAAAGUGUUACAUCUGCACCAUAAUAGACUCGUAACGUUGACAGUGUGGCAAAUCAAUCCUGCGAUAACCGAAAUUACACUUUCAUUUAAUCCAUGGUCAUGUGAUUGUGAGUACACCGAAAUGUUCCGUGAGUGGACAAAAAGAGUGAGCUCAAUAACAGAUCUGACAGAUAUUAAAUGCAUCUACUCGAAAGGGAACUCUACUGAACUGACAGUUUAUAAUGAAAGCGUGUAUAGUGAGCCGGACAGCGGAUUUAAAAUUACUAGUGAAAACGGGACGUUGUGUACUGGAUUGCCAAGUAUCAAUAACAGCAUCAAUGGUAAUUUAACUGCCACUCGAACAAUAAUCACUAACGAAGAAGUACAAGACUACAUACCACUGUUAGUUGCCACUCUCGGAUGCUUUUUACUUGUAUCCUUAGUGAGUAUGAUUAUUUUCAUAUUUAGGCAAGAAAUGAGAGUGUGGUUCCAUUCGAAAUUUGGCGUACGAUUGUUUUAUAGAACUACCGACAGAGAAGACUCAGAGAAGAUGUACGAUGCAUUCUUGUGCUACAGUUCCAAAGACGAAGUUUGGGUGACUGAAGAACUUGCAUCCAUGUUGGAGCGUGGUGACCCUUCAUACAAACUUUGCUUGUAUUACCGCGAUUUAUCCGCCCACGUGACAGAGAAGAUAAGACAAGCGGUUGAAUCUUCGCGUCGCACAAUCAUGGUGCUCAGUGAAAACUUUCUAAGAUGUGAGUGGGUGCGUUAUGAACUAAAAUCGGCUCUCCACCAGGUACUGAGGGACCGGCGAAAAAGACUGAUUGUAGUGUUAUUAGGGCAAGUGCCUCAAAAGGAUUUAGAUCCUGACAUAAGACUGUAUUUGAAAACGAAUAAGUGUCUCCACGCGGACGAUCGACUGUUCUGGGAAAAACUAAAAUUUGCGUUGCCCGAUGUGCGCAAUAAUCCGAGGUGCCGCGGUGUGCCGAGCCCCGUGGUUAGCGGCGGCUUGCCCAUGCACCGACACCACCACGCCAGGAACCACUUGGGCAUGCUGCCGCAACCGCCGGUGCACGGCGCACACCCUGUGCUCCCACCACACCCCUCUCAUACUUCUCACCAAGUGCCACCUCGUGCGUCUCCUCGCACUAUGUCCGUCCAUGUGUAAAGUGUAAAUGAACUGCUAAAAUGUGACUCUCAGUGAAAAAGUGAUUUUAAAUACGAAUGAAGUGAUCAGAACAUUAAAGUGACUGUUCUUUUAAAAUUGUGAUGGCUAGUCGGUUAGCGUUUAUAAACUGUAAAUAAUUAAAAUACUUGUAGACAUAGUAAUGUAAAUACGCCUGACUUUGUAUAUGUUUAGAUACUAAGCUUACAAAAAUCAUGUGUUUAGAACGUUAGGUAUAAAAUGGUCUGUUGUAACAACAUUGUUGUAAUCACAAUGUCUGUCAUAUAAUAUGUGAUCUGAGCUUAACUAAAUCGAUGUAUAAAUAAGUAGUUGUAUGAGUUAGGCCUAUUUAGGCUGUGUUUGUUGGGCAAAACUUGCCGACUACUAUUAAUUAAAAUGGCAAUACUGCCGCAAUCUGUGAUAAAAUUAGAUAUAGUUAGCAUUCAUUUUAUAUCACAUUAAUGUAUAUUUUGUAUUGUAGUCUGAACUAAACGAAUAUUUAUUGUGGAAAACAUCAGCAAAAACGUGAAUUUGGAAAAAAAUAUAAAUGAAAAUAAAAUACGAUUCAAUCUUAACAAGUUUCUUUUACUUUCAUUAGAAUACAAUUACCCGCGUCCUUAUCACAAUAAUUACAGUACACAACGUACACAUUAGACAUGCCUAGGUAAUUAGACCUCGUUGUUUUAAAAUUAUAUUUCUCAACGAAAUUAGAUACAGAAAAUACACAAUCAAAGUAUA